AUGCUGUCUCCAGAGCCCCCAGCAUUCAUCAACCAGCAUGCUCUGCAUGCUCAGCAGCCAGAACAACCCACCCUCUUCAUCACUCAGCAUGAACACCAUGUCCAGCCCCCAGGACCACAGUUCAUGGCCUCACCCUCACUGGACAGUGAGGAUGAUCACAGUGCAUCAGACUACAACCCAGAGCCCAACAGUCCAGCAAGCAUUGCAUGCACUGAUGACAUGGAGGUGGAUGAGGAGCAGGCAGAGGAAGCAGUGUCAGACAAGGGCAAGGGCAGAGACCCACUGCGCCACAAGAAGUACAAUGAGAAGCUGGCAAAGAAGCCAGCUGAGGAGUGGAUGGAGAUGACUGGUGGUGCAAUGUGCCAGUGGUGCAAGGAGAAGAACCUUCAGUGCCUCUUCAGCCUGACUGGAAAGUCUGUCAAGUGCAAGGCCUGCAUCAUGAGGCACAGGGGCUGUGUGCCUUGCAAGGUUGGCCCAUCCCAGAAGGUCAAAGCUGCCAACUCAGUUCUCAAUGCAGCUGCUGUUUGAAAGGCAGCAAAACAAGGUGGAAUGGACCUGUGGGUGGAGGUGCCAAGCAUGGAGGAAGUGAGACAGGCAAGGAAGCAGCAAGAGCAGGUGGAGAGUCUUGUUGGAGAAGUGAAAGCAGGAGUAAGCAAGGAGGUUGAUGAAGUGAGGGGACAGAUGAAGAAGCUCUCUGAGAAGGUGCAGGAGAUUGAGAACAAUCAGGUCAAGAUUCUCAAGGGUCAGGAGGAGAUCAUGGAGAUGCUCAAGAAGGUGAUGGGUUGAAGCUCUUGAGGAUGGGUGAAUGACUCCUCUCAUGUACACAGAUGACUACACAGACUUCAACAGUCUCUCCCCCACCAAAAAACAAUGCAAUAGGGUUCAACCUCACCAACUCUGAGUGUGCAUUGGGUGAGGUUCCAGUGAGGUUGCAGUGAGGCUGCACUGCAGCAAAGUCAGGAGAAGGGUUAGUGAGCUGGAGUUGCCAAGGGUGAGGUACUUGAAAGCAUGAGUAGGUGCACACAGAGCUGCAACUGUGCUUGGUGUCAAGAUAGAGUAAGGUUCCAGCAAGGCUGAAAUGAGGUUCAAGUGGGGUGGUGGUGAGGUCAAUGGGGGGCAAGAAUAGAGUGUAUAGCGGGCUCUCUACAACUUGCAGACCAAAUAAGCAGUCUGGAGCAUAGGUAUGCAGCGGAGAACCCAUGGAGACGCAUGAUAGGCGCUUCACUGCCACACCGACCUCACCAACCUCACCAGCCUCACCAACCUCACCAGACUUUGAGGGUGCAUAGCACAACAACCAACCUACCUGAAUCAGAUUGCUGAGCAUUGUGCUGAUCAGAAGUAGCCUCUUCAUAUUAUGGGUCAACUUCCUGCAGGCUAUGCUUUGUGACAAUGGUUGGUGUACAUGUGCACCAUGUUUAUCAUGUGCCUCACCAACCUCACCAACCUUGCCAGACUUUGAAAGGGCGUAGCGCAACAACCAAGGAACGUGAACCAGAUUGUCUAGCAUUGCGCCGGUCGGGAGAGGCCUCUUUACAUGAUGAGUCAAUUACCUGCAGGUUAGAUUUUGUGACAUUGGUCAGUGCACAUGUGCACCAUAUGUACCUCACUGGAUAGUGCCUCACCUUUUUCUUCCCAACCACAUCACCCCCCAUUUGAGCUGAACACCAGACUUUUGUUGUUUGAUUCUUUGACAAGGUUAUCAGAAAGGCCUCAGAAGCUGCUUUAGCCCUAUAGGAGUUUCAUUCUUCUGGGCCUUCUCCUCAUCACACACUGACUGGCGAGGUUCAGUGAGGUUCCUGGUGAGGUUCCCUCCCUCUACUCUGCUUCCAGGCUUGGAAACACAUAUGUGAGUGCUGCAAUGGCUCUCCCAGCAUCUUCCACAUGUCCUUAUUGUCCCCAAUUGCUGCCAAUUUUUUUCUAGCUGCCUCUGUGCAUCUCCAACUCAGGCGAGGUUGCUGGUGAGGUUCUACUGGACACCUGGAUCUGCAGACAUUCUUCUGAAGAUUGUGUGAGUCUUUGGUAUUGCAAGCUGAGGCUUGACACCAAGCUGAAACCAUCAUUUGUGUCCCUUUGCUCUUUUCAGUACCACACAAGCAAGGGUGCUUGUCGAGGUUCAGCGAGGUUACUACCCAUUCUUUGGUGAGCAUGUGAAGCAUAGGUCAUGUAUGUGGGCCUUUGUAGCUCACACUCUGUGCUCCUCACCACUUCCAGCUCUUACACCCUACCAUGCCACCAGUAUCUGGCCUUGCGCCCAUCAACUCCAGGUGGACCUUGCCCAGGGACCUUGAUGGGUACAACAUGACUCUGUUCCCUGAGGAUCUGCUGGAGCCAUUUGGUCCAGAGGCUUUGGUGCAGCUGUGCAGCUUCAAGCCAACCAUCUGGGACUUGAAAGAGUUUCAGGACUGGGUGUAUGUGGGUAGUGCAGUGCAGUACUUCAAAAUAGAGCCAUUCUUCAAGCUCCCACUGCUGCACUACCUUGCCACCCAUGUCACUGUUGAAGAAGGACACCACCCUCAGACCCUCAUUGCAGGCAAGCAGAGUGUCCAUCUCAGCAGGCUGGUGCUAGGCUUGGAGAGCAUUGGCUGCAAUGCAGUCAGAGUUCAGGCCUAUGGGAUGAAGAGCAACCUCGCCAUUGUCGAGGCAAACCUCAUGGGCAAUGAUGGGCAAUGCUGAGCUCCCACUUGCUGAUCUCAACACCUGGGAUCUGGGCAUCAAGCGCAGUACUGGGAGCUCCAUUCCACUGUUCAGACCAAUGGGAAGGAACACUCCUGGCACUAGAUUGUUCCCCAUGCUUGGCGAGGUUGGGCGAGGCUUUGGCUCAGUGGAGAUCAAGCUUGCAUAUGAAGAGCAGGCCCACAGAGUCAAGAUCUACCCAACUCUGGUGCACAGGCUCAAGGCCCAAGCUGGCAAGCACUACCGCUUUGGGCCAAAGAGCAACUUCACUGCCAAAGGAACUCUAACCUCGCUGGUCAACCGCCACACCAAGCUCUUCAAGGCACUGCAGCAAGACAGGAGCUGCUUUGGAGGCUACAGAAUUGAAGUCACCGUGCAGAAUCCCACACUUCCUGCUGCCAUCUCACUGAUCAGCAAGACUCCCCUGCUCAACCUCGCUGAGUGGCAGAAACCUCUCAGUGAGGAACUGGAGGGCUUUGUCAUUCAGGAGCACUUGGUGAGCAGCCAGGUUUAUCUGCAGCAGUUCAAGCGGCUACUGCACAAGGCACAGGGUCUCAAGUUGUUCUCUCACAAGAACACUGAGCCUCCUAGCCGGCUUGGCAAGCAAGUGCUGGUGGACCUCGCCAAUGCUCUAGGCUGGAAUCCUGGACUCAGAAAGCCCACUGAGCCAUGGGACACAAGCGCUUGGUGGAUAGUACCAGCAGUGCUGCCCACAUCCCCAUCCCCAAGCGUGGCAAGCCCUGAGGCACCAUGGCAGGAGGUCAACCUCGCCAACCUCACAGAUGUGCCUCUCCUCAGAGAGCUCUUUGACUUGCUCAAGCCUCACAUGAUUUGUAGGUGGUGUCAGGAUCCUCAAAGCCGCUACACACGUAGCUGGGACAGAGACAUCACCAAGCAGCAAAGGUUCAGGUGCUCCAGAAAGGCCAAUGGUGCCUGUCCAGGUCCCCAGCUGUACCUGCAGAGAGAGAUCCCUCUCUUCACCUGGUGGGUGAACCAUCUGAGGCUGGAACUGCACCCCAAGUUUGCUGCAGCUGCUCAGAGAGCCACAGAGCAGCUCCAGGCGCUCAGGCUAGAUCUGCAAGAGCCUCAGCAGGCACCUGUGCAAGCUCCUUCACAGCGAGGCAGGCGAGGCACUGCUGGGAGAGGGCGAGGCUCUAAGCGAGGUCCAGCAAGAGGCAGGGCAGCUCCAGCAUCUGAUGCUCCUCCCAGUCAGGUGCUAGGCAACGGAAUGGUAGCCAGCGCCUUCAUAAAAGGCAAUGGUAACUGCCAGUUCAGGGCCUGGGCACAUCUGCAGUAUGGAGACCAAGCAAAGCACUGGGUGGCCAGGCGAGGUUCAGUGCACUGGCUGAAGAACCACAGGGCUCACAUGGAAGAGAUGUAUGCUCCUGAUGAGGCCACACACUUGGACGGAUGCCCAGUGCUGGAGCAAAGCAACAGGAAGGCCUAUGACAGCUACCUGAAGGACAUGGGGGUGAGUGGCAACUGGGGAGAUGAGUACAGCCUCAUUGGUCUGGUGAAUCACUUCAACCAGCCAGCCAGACUCAUCAGCUUUAGUGAGCAGCUGGGUGCUUGGACAGAGUACACCAUUGAGCCAUAUGUGCUGCCUCAGCCUGCGCCAGCCCCAUUCACCUUCUUCUUUGCCAACAAGCACUAUGAGGUGAUGCUGGCAGAGUGA